AUGAGUCUGCAGUAUACAAGAACGAUCUUCUUGAUAAUCUUCAACUGUGAAGACGUGGAAGGACUCCACACCCAUUAUGCUUCAUAUAGUAAAUACUGUGUGGCGCCCUCAGAGGCAGCGUGGCGUCCUCAGAGGCAGCGUGGCGUCCUCAGAGGCAGCGUGGCGGACUCGGAGGCAGCGUGGCGCCCUCAGAGGCAGCGUGGCGCCUUCAGAGGCAGCGUGGUGCCCUCAGAGGCAGCGUGGCGCCCUCAGAGGCAGCGUGGCGUCCUCAGAGGCAGCGUGGUGCCCUCAGAGGCAGCGUGGCGUCCUCAGAGGCAGCGUGGCGGACUCGGAGGCAGCGUGGCGCCCUCAGAAGCAGCGUGGCGCCUUCAGAGGCAGCGUGGUGCCCUCAGAGGCAGCGUGGCGUCCUCAGAGGCAGCGUGCCGUCCUCAGAGGCAGCGUGGCGGACUCGGAGGCAGCGUGGCGCCCUCAGAGGCAGCGUGGCGCCUUCAGAGGCAGCGUGGUGCCCUCAGAGGCAGCGUGGCGUCCUCAGAGGCAGCGUGGCGGACUCGGAGGCAGCGUGGCGCCCUCAGAGGCAGCGUGGCGCCCUCAGAGGCAGCGUGGCGUCCUCAGAGGCAGCGUGGCGGACUCGGAGGCAGCGUGGUGCCCUCAGAGGCAGCGUGGCGCCCUCAGAGGCAGCGUGGCGGACUCGGAGGCAGCGUGGUGCCCUCAGAGGCAGCGUGGCGCCCUCAGAGGCAGUGUGGCGGACUCGGAGGCAGCGUGGUGCCCUCAGAGGCAGCGUGGCGCCCUCAGAGGCAGCGUGGUGCCCUCAGAGGCAGCGUGGCGGACUCGGAGGCAGCGUGGCGCCCUCAGAGGCAGCGUGGCGCCCUCAGAGGCAGCGUGGCGCCCUUAGAGGCAACGUGGCGUCCUCAGAGGCAGCGUGGCGCCCUCAGAGGCAGCGUGGUGCCCUCAGAGGCAGCGUGGGGCCCUCAGAGGCAGCGUGGCGGACUCGGAAACAGCGUGGCGCCCUCAGAGGCAGCGUGGCGCCCUCAGAGGCAGCGUGGCGCCCUCAGAGGCAGCGUGGCGCCCUCAGAGGCAGCGUGGCGCCCUCAGAGGCAGCGUGGUGCCCUCAGAGGCAACGUGGUGCCCUCAGAGGCAGCGUGGCGCCCUCAGAGGCAGCGUGGCGUCCUCAGAGGCAGCGUGGCGUCCUCAGAGGCAGCGUGGCGCCCUCAGAGGCAGCGUGGUGCCCUCAGAGGCAGCGUGGCGUCCUCAGAGGCAGCGUGGCGGACUCGGAGGCAGCGUGGUGCCCUCAGAGGCAGCGUGGCGCCCUCAGAGGCAGCGUGGCGGACUCGGAGGCAGCGUGGUGCCCUCAGAGGCAGCGUGGCGCCCUCAGAGGCAGCGUGGCGGCCUCGGAGGCAGCGUGGCGCCCUCAGAGGCAGCGUGGCGCCCUCAGAGGCAGCGUGGUGCCCUCAGAGGCAGCGUGGCGGACUCGGAGGCAGCGUGGCGCCCUCAGAGGCAGCGUGGCGCCCUCAGAGGCAGCGUGGCGCCCUUAGAGGCAACGUGGCGUCCUCAGAGGCAGCGUGGCGCCCUCAGAGGCAGCGUGGUGCCCUCAGAGGCAGCGUGGUGCCCUCAGAGGCAGCGUGGCGGACUCGGAAACAGCGUGGCGCCCUCAGAGGCAGCGUGGCGCCCUCAGAGGCAGCGUGGCGCCCUCAGAGGCAGCGUGGUGCCCUCAGAGGCAACGUGGUGCCCUCAGAGGCAGCGUGGUGCCCUCAGAGGCAACGUGGUGCCCUCAGAGGCAGCGUGGCGCCCUCAGAGGCAGCGUGGCGUCCUCAGAGGCAGCGUGGCGUCCUCAGAGGCAGCGUGGCGUUCUCAGAGGCAGCGUGGCGCCCUCAGAGGCAGCGUGGCGUCCUCAGAGGCAGCGUGGCGUCCUUAGAGGCAGCGUGGCGCCCUCAGAGGCAGCGUGGUGCCCUCAGAGGCAGCGUGGUGCCCUCAGAGACAGCGUGGUGCCCUCAGAGGCAGCGUGGCGGACUCGGAGGCAGCGUGGCGCCCUCAGAGGCAGCGUGGCGCCCUCAGAGGCAGCGUGGCGCCCUCAGAGGCAGCGUGGCGCCCUCAGACGCAGCGUGGUGUCCUCAGAGGCAACGUGGUGCCCUCAGAAGCAGCGUGGUGCCCUCAGAGGGAGCGUGGCGCUCUCAGAGCCAGCGUGGCGCCCUCAGAGGCAGCGUGGUGCCCUCAGAGGCAGCGUGGCGCCCUCAGUGGCAGCGUGGCCCCCUCAGAGGCAGCGUGGCGCCCUCAGAGGCAGCGUGGUGCCCUCAGAGGCAACGUGGUGCCCUCAGAGGCAGCGUGGCGCCCUCAGAGGCAGCGUGGCGCCCUCAGAGGCAGCGUGGCACCCUCAGAGGCAGCGUGGUGCCCUCAGAGGCAGCGUGGUGCUCUCAGAGGCAGCGUGGCGCCCUCAGAGGCAGCGUGGCGCCCUCAGUGGCAGCGUGGCGCCCUCAGAGGCAGCGUGGCGCCCUCAGAGGCAGCGUGGCGCCCUCAGAGGCAGCGUGGUGCCCUCAGAGGCAGCGUGGUGCCCUCAGAGGCAGCGUGGCGGACUCAGAGGCAGCGUGGCGCCCUCAGAGGCAGCGUGGCGCCCUCAGAGGCAGCGUGGGGCCCUCAGAGGCAAGCUGGGAGCAACUCAAAUCAUCCCACGUAAUGUCAAUCACUAAGGGCAGAAAUAAACAAUUUGGAAAAGAAAGAACUGAAAACUAA